AUGGCGUUCGGGGAGGGAACCGAGCGCCACGUCCUUAUAAAGAAGGUGCACAAGCCUCCACUCACGACAAGAGAAGACAAGGGCCACACCAAAGAAGAGAAACGAAAUCAAGUCAAGAGGAAGCGAAGAGGAAGCCAAGAAGUCAAGAGGAAAAGAAAAAGAAGACAAGAAGGCAAGAGGAAGCGAAAAGGAAGCCAAGUCAAGAGGAAGCGAAAAGGAAGCGAAAAGGAUGUCAAGAGGAAGCGACGAGGAAGUCAAGAAGUCAAGAGGAAGCGAAGAGGAAGCGAAGAGGAAGCCAAGAAGUCAAGAGGAAACGAAAACGAAGUCAAGAAGGCAAAAAGAAGCGAAAAGGAAUUCCAGAAGGCAAGGGGAAGCGACGAGGAAGUCAAGAACGAGAAGCAGGCGAGAAGCAGGUCAACAGUGUUAUGGGAAACAUGCCUGGAUGUUGACAUGCUGACACAAUACUCGGUUGGCAAAGUGUGGAUGUAG